UAGUUAGAUGCAAGUAAUAGGCAAUUGGGAACUGAGUGGCUACGAGGCUCACCACUUACAACAUACAUCUACAGGUUGAACACAACGCAUUAUCGACUCUUCCUUUCUAUUAUAUGGGGACGUAUCUAGAUGUUCAGAUUACGCGUGUAUAUCCUCACCCCAGUUAACGUAUAACAUUAGAAAGGGGCUACCUAGUCAUUUAAGAGGACUACUCAUAUGAACCCAGAUUCAUUAUAAGUGGUAACCCUCACAAUGGCAGCUGACGAGAACGACCUAGAGGCGUUAGGGGAAGAGAACAAUGUUCCUCGGGAAUCUAGUUUCCAAGGACGUCUUCAAUUGAAGAACUUCAUGUUCAAAGGAGCAACCAAUGGCUCCUCGUCUUUGGAACCAAGACGGAGUCAACGGCUGUUGACGCCUCAGCCAGCCGUCCCUGGAACCCAACGCUCGUCACCUUCUAAGUCCAAGAAGCGCAAGACGCAAAUACAAUCCCCCGAACCAGAGAACCCCAGAACUAGCCGUAGAAAAACCACCACGCCCACAUCCACAUCCACCCCCUCCUCCCCAUCCCCCAAAAAGAAACGCUCCCGCAAAUCCACCUCCUACGCCCCUCCCUCAACCUACGCGCACCUGCCCCACCUCCCCGACGCCAUCGCGUCAAACCUGCUCAUCUUAACCAUCGGCCUGAACCCAGGCUUGCAGACGGCGCGCACGGGGCACGCGUACGCGCACCCGUCGAACCUGUACUGGAAGCUGCUAUACAGCUCCGGCAUAACACCCGUGCCCUGCACCGCGCAGGAGGACCAGACGAUGCCGGCGCGCUUUUCUUUAGGCCACACCAACAUCGUGGCGCGGCCCUCGCGCAACGGCGCCGAGCUGAGCAAGGCCGAGAUGGACGAGGGCGUCUCGAUCCUGGAGGACAAGUGCCGCCGGUGGCGGCCCGAGGUCGCGUGCGUGGUCGGCAAGAGCAUAUGGGAGAGCGUGUUCCGCGUCCGGCACGGACGGUCGUUGAGGAAGGAGGAGUUUGCGUACGGCUGGCAGGAGGAGAGGAUGGGUGUUAUUGCGGCGGGGGAUGGCGAGGAGGGCUGGGAGGGGUCGAGGGUUUUCGUGGCGACGAGUACGAGUGGGCUUGCUGCGACGCUGAGGCCAGAGGAGAAGGAGCGGAUUUGGAAGAUUUUGGGAGACUGGUGCGUGCAGAGAAGGAAGGAGAGGCAGGAGGAGGCUGUUGCUGAUUCUAAGGAAGUUGAAGAACUGGAAGAGACGUGAUAGAGGACUGUUUCUCCGUCUAUUCUAUCAUUGCCGUUGAUGGAGAUCGAUGAUAAAGAACGAUGCUUUACUGAUUUUUAUGCGAGAUACCCUCAGCUACUAAGUGCACAUACAUAGCAGUGGCCUGCUUUAGCUGAAUGCUACUACAGAUCAUCUCGGAAUAGACAAGACACAUGCGAUAUGGUAAAGAACAUUUUUAUUAUAAUUCAGAGUACUCGGUGGAAGCUUCUUUCGUCCUGC